AUAUGUUGCGGCACACCUUAAUUCUGGCAUAUCCUAACUUCUGCAUGCGUGACUAUGCAAUCUUAACAUACCUUUUAAGAAAUAUUCAUCCCGAAAAGAAACAGAAAACAAAGGAGAACCAGAAAAUGCAUCCUGAUGAAGACCAUGGAAUGGAAAUAUACAAGAUAGAAUUUCAGCACUUUUUGGACAAAUGUACUGCAAUGUUGAAUUUACCUGCUGCUGCUCGAAGAUUGUUCACUGAAAAAGGCAUGGAACUCUUUCUUUUGAAAGGUCUUGAGAGAGAUGAGCUGGUGUAUGUGUCAUGUGGAGAACCGUGGAUUGACCCACACUUGACUAUGGCUCAGCACAAAAAACGUCUCCUACUCAAUAAUUUAGCGUCAGAUAUAUCUGCAAUUCGUGCCUACUGUAUCAUGCGUAACCCUGAAAUUACCAUUAUGGGCAGUUCACAAAUGCAACUCGUUUUCUGCCCAAGAGAAAUUGACUGGCUUGAAACUGACCGGUUUGAAACG